UUUCAUUAUUUUAAAAACUAUUUUUACUUGUAAUGAUUUACUUGUGCUUACUAGCAAAUAUCAUUCGUCAAAAGAAAAGCAUACGUAUAAAAAUGAUUUUCAUUAAAUAAAUAAUUUUGAAAUAUUAAAAAAUAAUGUGUUCCUUUAUGAUAUAAACUGAAGUAUUAAGUUACUGCACCAUUGUUCAAUUUUAUCAAAUAUAGUAUUAUGGUUUUAUCAGUGUUUACUAACAAAUAAAAUGUAUAAGUUCGUAAAAAUUGAAUAUAAAAAUUUCUUUAAUUUCUCUAUAUUCAAUUAUUCACAUUAAAAGUAUUAUUUCAGUUAACAAUAACUAUUACAUGGUAGAGCAUAAAUUUUAUCUAUUUCUGAUUGGCAGACUGUAGUAAUGGUGUAUACUUUACCAAUUAGAAGUCAGAACGUAGUUAAAAUACUUUUCGUUGGAGAGUAGUUGAGUGACAAGUAUAUAUUAUUUCCCCAACUAUACUAUAGAAAAAUUCAUAUUUAGUAAAAUAUAAAAAUAUAGUUUCAUGAUGGAAUUCUAAGUGUUUUGUUAAUUUCAAAUAAUCAUAAACAAGAAAAUGUCAGGACCAAUGGUAUUGUGCCAAUUAUGGAUGGGUGGAUUAGAACCGUAUAUGACAGAAAGUUUUAUAAUGAAUGCUUUCCAUAAAAUGGGAGAACAACCACAAACUGUUAAAGUUAUGAGAAAUCGUUAUACUGGUGAACCAGCAGGAUAUUGUUUUGUACAUUUUCCAACUGAUGAAAUGGCACUUGAUGCGAUGCAUAAAUUAAAUGGCAAAGUAAUCCCUGGUUCUAAUCCGGCUGUAAGAUUUCGAUUAAAUCAUGCUAGUACAACAGGAAAACCAGCAGCAGAAAGAGAAUUUAGUAUUUGGGUUGGAGAUUUGUCGACAGAUGUAGAUGACUAUUCUUUAUAUAGAGCAUUUGCAGCAAAAUAUAACUCAAUUAGAACAGCAAAAGUAAUUUUGGACAGUUCUGGAUUUAGUAAAGGAUAUGGUUUUGUGAGAUUUGCUAAUGAAGAAGAACAAAAAAAUAGUUUAGUUACCAUGAAUGGAUAUAGAGGAUUAGGAACAAAAUCACUAAAAAUUUGUAAUGCUGUUCCUAGACCUUGGAACAAAAUAUCUGGGUACUUAAAAUAUUUGCUACAUUAUUCAUAUUUACACAGUGUGAAUUGUACAUAUUUAAUAUUUGAUUUUUUCUGUUACUUCAGAUCUACCCCACCACAGUCGUCAUCUGACUAUACAGCAUCAAAUAUGAAUUCGGAUGCUUAUAAUUAUUAUGAUACAUCGUCAUAUUGGAAUAGUUAUAGUGCAUGGCAACAGGGUUACUAUGAAAGUGAACCUACAUCUGAUGGAUAUAACAGUUACAUAUCAGAUCAAAAACCUGAAGAGGAUGAACUAGAAUUAAUUGAACAUUCUAUUCCUGUAGAUAUUGAUAAACUUAAUAGAGAAAUAAUAGAACAAGACUAUAAUCUGUGGGAUGCAUUGGAAAGUUCAAAGUGGAUACCAUGUGAUACAUUAGAAUUAUGUUAUUAAAUUAUCAUUUUUAAAUUUUAUAUUUAUUCAUAUUUUUAUUAAUGACUUAAAUCAAUUUCUAAUUCAUGUACAAAAUUUAUACUAAAAAACAUCUUCAACUAACAAAUUGUGGCAAAAUAAAUAAAAUUUUUAAUUUAUAUACUUCGUAUAUAUUAUAAGUAAACAUUAUAUACAAGCUUGAUAACAAAGAACAAUAUUUGCUAGAAUAUAAAUGAACAAAAUAACUUAAUAUUCCUUUAAUAGCAAUAAUCAAGCAUAUACAGUGUUUCAUAAUACGUGAGCAAAGCUUUAACAUUUUGUAAACUUGUAGAAGGUACUAGGUAAUGAAUAGACUGCGGAAAUUUGCGCAUUUAUGGUAUGUGCAAGUUUACAGAAUAUAACAAAACAUAUACAUUAAUAUAAAGACGAGUAUUUUUAUUCCUAUCACAAAGAAUCACCUACACUGCGAAAAACAUUGUUUCUCUUGUUUAGAUUUUUAUAAGUCAACCUAUGAAAACGAGAAUUCACAUAAAAUUCCGUAAUUUAGUGAUAGACUUUUAAUUAAAUUAAGCAUUCUGUAUAUGCCCUCACAGCAUUAUUAGUGUAAGAACACCUCAUUAUAAUUAUAAAAAAGUUAUGUAUAUAUAAUAAUAACUUGUAGCUUACAUAGUCUUAUAAAUCUUAUUUACUAUAUUGCAAUUUUGCAAACUCACUAUGCAACGUAAAAAAUAUUAUGCUAUGUAAUUGUAAUAUUGUGG